CCACUUCAAUCAUCGUCUUCGGUACCACAAUCUCCUCUGAAAAGCAAAUGCGACAGUGAACUACCCCCGGUUGGCGGGUCUUGCCAACUCCCGAGUCAUCAGUGGCGACCGAUCAUCGCCUCCACCGCUUCCACUACCCCUGGAAGUACUUCCACUAAGGAAAAUGAGCAGAGUUCACAGAAGGCGCAACCACGUUUCAUCCUACCUAAUACCUCGCGCCCAUCAUUUGAGGUAUCUCUUGCCAAACAAACCUUUCUUGUACCGAUUAACAACCCCUCCGGCGGUGCCGGGUCUCUCUUACUCCUUCCUCUCGCUGUGGCGGCAGCUUUGCAACACCAGAAGCAGCAGCAACAGCAGGGACCACCGCCUACUGCACUACUCGCCUCAUUGCCCGGCACUGGUGUCUGUGGUGCCACUCAGUUCCUGCUCAUUAGAGCAGCCGACACGCCGAAGACCACUUCUGCUGGCGUUAUUCCCUCCAACAAAAGUGUGUCCUUAUAUUUUGAGUCGUAA